AUGUUCACCCGCCGACGUGUCCUUCGAGACCAGGGGCUCACUUCGGAGCAGACCGAAGUAAAAAAAGCUGCGAUUUCUCAGCCCCUGGUCUCGUCUCAGCCAACCGCCGAGGCUCAGCCUCGUUAUGAAGAGUACCAUUGCACCCUUUUCGAAAUGGUACCGGUUGGAACCCGUUCCAGGUGUCUGCCUCAAAUUGACACUCACCCAACGUAUGGCACCCUGCCAUCUGAUACGCCACCAUUCGUUCGUCGCCCGCAGCUACCCAAGUCUCGGUUCCCUCGGCCUCAGGGCCAGGUCUUCGUCGAGCCCCCUGAGCUCGGUAUCAGCGAUGAUACUGAGGCCGAAGAGCAGGUGCCGGAUGCUCUUCUUCGACGAGCGGUGUUUUCAGGAAACGCCGUCGAGACACGGGGUGCCACACCCGUACAAAAUCGCCAGGGAAGUAACGACGGCCGCGCCGGUCCCCAAGCGCCGCCGACCCUUGCUACCUACACCUCAAUAGCGGCGAUUGACCGACAGCCACGGGAAUGCUACGGUCCUGUCCAGCGGAAUUCACCGACUGCCGACAGACUCCUCGUGGGCCCGAACGAAGGUGAUAAAAUUUCCUCGCUGCCUCCGACACCCGGCAGUGCACGUUCACCUGGGAUUCGUCGAAAACCUCUCCCGAAAUCGGCCCGCCCCGUCAAGAUGCUGGAUUACUGGAAAGACGUGCCCCAUUGCGGCGGCGCGAUCCAGCAGUACGCCGAUGCUGAGAGAUUGGCAAACCCCGCCUGCGUGGACAAGGUACCGCAGCCACGACGACCGCACCGCCUGGUCAAGGGCAAGAGCAUGUUCAAUUUGGGCUCGCUCUUCCGGGGAAGUCGACCCGAGUCUGGUGCGGCCGGGGUCCGGAUUGCUAGCCAAGGGUCCUCAAUCACGAAGCCGGCAAAACUGUCAAUAUCGGACCCUGUGCCAGCCCCCCAACCAGUCCAGCCUGCGAUGCCGAAGCUGGCAAUGUCUGCGAUCAGUGUGCAGGCAGAGACCCUCCCAAGUCCGCCGGUGCAUGCCUCAACCGUCAACCAGCCUCCGGCAAACCCAAGUGUGAGUCCCACGGCGAUUGCCCUGCCGCAAGGCGGGCAAGGGGCUUCAAACCCCCAGUCGUGGGCCAGGCUCACCCAGUGCGUAAACCGGCUGGGAAAGCGGUUGGUCGAAGAAAACGACCCUGACCAGCGAAAGAAGCUGUACGCAGACUUCGUUCGUCUGAUCACCCUCCGCGCCGACGUUGCUUGUCGGGAAGAACUUCGCACCGAGCAAGAGUCUCUUCUCGUGGUGAUGCGUGCAGAAUCCUCGGGACGCCGUACCCUGGCGUCUCUACGGGCUCUCGCGCUUUACCAAGAGGAUGAGACCCUUGGCAACAUUACGGUGCCGACAGACCAGAUCGUGUCGGAGUGGUAG